ACUCAAAACAAAAACAAGGGGUUUGCUUCGGCCUCCGCUGUGGAGGCAGCGGUGCCGGCAGAGGGGCAGGGUUCGAGGGGCCGGCGCUGCGCCCCAGCUGGAGGGUGGGCGCCCAGGGAGCGAGAUGAAGCUCGGGCUGUGAGGCCGAGGAGGCGGCGGCAGGGGGGGAAGGGUCCGAUGCCUGUCCGGGGGCACCGCUGAGGCGGCGGGUCCCUGACCUCCGGAGACAGGUUCGGACGUCCCCGCCGCGCCCAGUCCUCACUGGGCCGUGACGCCGCGGGCUGGUGGAGGCGCGUCUCCGGCACGCGCCCACCCCAAGACCCACUGCCGUAGCUGCCCCGGGAGCUUUCUGCGGGGAGAAGCCCCUCCGCACAGGGCUUCAGGUGGGGCGGCCGUGCGGACACCGCCGCCCCGGGACAGUUUCCUGUUUGUGAAACGGCCAGGAGGCCGGGGCCGGCCGGUCUGACCCAGCGCUGGCCGGCGGACCAGACCGCGGCCCCUCCUCCUGCCACACCUCCCUGGAGGUGGGGGAGGAUUGCGCUGGGCUUCUGGAGGACGUGACUGAUCCCCUCACCCGCUGCCCGCCGGGGUGUGCUGGGGCGCCUCUCGCUGGAGAUGAAGGAUUUGGGGGCAGAGUAUUUGGCGGGUCGUGAAGGGGUCCAGCUCUUCGGAUUGUUGAACCUCUAUCUAGAACAGGAACAGAGAUUCCAACCUCGAGAAAAAGGGCUAAGCUUGAUCGAGGCUACCCCGGAGGAUGAUAACACUUUGUGUCCAAGAUUGAGAAAUGCCAAAGUAGAAGAUUUAAGGAGUUUAACCAACUUUUUUGGAUCUUGCACUGAAACUUUUGUUCUGGCUGUCAAUAUUUUAGAUAGAUUCUUGGCUCUUAUGAAGGUGAAACCUAAACAUUUGUCUUGCAUUGGAGUCUGUUGUUUUUUGCUGGCUGCUAGGAUAGUUGAAGAAGAAUGCAAUAUUCCAUCCACCCAUGAUGUAAUCCGGAUUAGUCAAUGUAAAUGUACUGCUUCUGACAUAAAACGGAUGGAAAAAAUAAUUUCAGAAAAAUUGCACUAUGAAUUGGAAGCAACUACUGCCUUAAACUUUUUGCACUUAUACCAUACCAUUGUACUUUGUCAUACAUCAGAAAGGAAAGAAAUACUGAGUCUAGAUAAACUAGAAGCUCAGCUGAAAGCUUGCAACUGCCGACUUAUUUUUUCAAAGGCAAAACCAUCUGUGUUAGCUUUGUGCCUUCUCAAUUUGGAAGUAGAAACUUUGAAAUCCAUUGAAUUACUGGAAAUUCUUCUGCUUGUUAAAAAACAUUCCAAGGUUAAUGACACCGAGUUCAUUUAUUGGAGGGAGUUAGUUUCUAAAUGCCUAGCCGAAUAUUCUUCUCCUGAAUGUUGCAAACCAGAUCUUAAGAAAUUGGUUUGGAUUGUUUCAAGGCGCACAGCCCAGAACCUCCACAACAGCUACUACAGUGUUCCUGAGCUGCCAACGAUACCAGAGGGGGGUUGUUUUGAUGAAAGUGAAAGUGAGGACUCUUGUGAAGAUAUGAGUUGUGAAGAGAGUCUCAGCAGCUCUCCUUCCAGUGAUCAAGAGUGCACUUUCUUUUUCAACUUCAAAGUGGCACAGACACUGUGCUUUCCAUCUUAGAAAUCUAAUUGUUCUGUGUCAGAAUUUAAAGUGUGUGUACAAGUUUCAAAGCAAUAAAUGGAGUAGGUAGUUUCUGGUCCAUCCCCCACCUAGGCAGAAAUUGCAUAGACUGGAAUACCUACCUUCUAUUUAUUAUUCAGAUCAGAUCUGGCCUAUUUUCAUAUUUAAUCCUAAGCCAUCAAAUGGGUUAGUGCCUCUUAAACGAUUAACAAUGUUUUACACAUUGGCACUUUAUUUUUCUCAUUGAUCUUUAGCUACUUGGGGGAGGAGGGAAGGUGCUGAUACCUUCAAUUUGUUACUUUUCAAGAAGAUUUUUAAAGAUGAGUAGUGUAGCUUAAACUUUUUAUAAAGCCUUCACCUGUCUUUAUUUAAACAGAUUGGGAGUGUACAAGUGCUUCCUUAGCAGGGACCGUGGAUAACCCUUUAAUGGCUUAUCAUAGAUCUCCCCUACUUCCCAGUCUCAGAACAGAGAAUAUACUCUUCAUUGUCAUACACCUUUUUGUUUUGUUGUUUUUUAAAUGAUUACUUACUCUCUGAUGCAGACUCUAUAAACUUAGAAAUUAUAAUAGUGACAUUUCUGUGAAUUUUAGUAUGUAAUGUGUUAAUUGAAGUUUCUGCUAAAGCAGAAAUACUCGACAGGCUAUGGUUGUUAGAUAGUUGCAUUUUUAAUGCCUAAGUAUUGUCAGGCUAUAGUAUUAUUUUAAUGUUAUUAAAACAAUCCAUAAUCUGUUAGUUAUGCAUGCACCUGUAUGAAAGCAGUGCAGGAAGUUGAAGAGAACUAGGUAACUGUGGAAUUGAUAAAUGUUGAUCUAGUAGCAUAUUUUAUUUCUUAUAUUCAAAAAGUCUGCAUGAUUAUGUUUAUUUCCUUUGUAAUUCACAUUUCAAAAAUAAUAUUAGUAUAUGGGUGCCAAGACUGAACAUGAAGUUAAAAAAAAAAAAGUGUUUGUAGUGUUCUAGUUUUGAGCAUAUCUGUGUGGUGGUACAGCCAUAAGAAUAGGGAUUUACAAACUCUGUACACAUGAGAUUUUGUACAGAGAAUUUUUUUUAACUUUAUAAAUUGUAUAUGAAAAUGUAAAUCUUAAAAAAUGUACAUAAAAAUGCUGUAUUUUUUUACCUUGUGUGUGUGGUAGUCUAGUCAUUGCAUGUAAAUAUAAUUUAUUGUGUAUUCUGUAUUAUAAAUCAUACAUUGAUGACUUACUUUUUGAAUGGUAAGUCAGCAUCCGUUGGAUGUUUUCUGAAGUGGAUCUUUUUGAAGUAAUAAUAGAUUGCAACUCAAAAUAAAGAUAUUAAUGAAUUACA